UAACAUGUUAGUAAGGCAUUAGACAAAUGUUCACUGUAAAGGCUUUGCACUGAAGGCUCUGGGCUGUACAACUCUAUCCGUUUAUUGGAAUGUGGUCUACUGUAUAAAGCGAGGUACAUAAAACAAGCGACUGAAGCACACACAAAAGACCAAAAACCACAAAGUCUACAAACAUAGGCAACUCGUAGGGACAAUGAGAGGUUGGAUUUUUCUGCUUUUGCUGGCAAGUCUUGUCGAUUUUUCCAUGACACAACAGACCAACUCUUUGACCUGGCUAAGUUAUCUGCGCAACCGAGCCUACAGUCAUGGUUAUGGCCGUAGCCACAAUAACAAUCUCGCCUCUCUAAGUACAGAGGAUGAGCCUUCUGUGCUGGACUGCCCUUUGGAGUGCGACUGUCCUUCUACCUACCCCAAAGCAAUGUACUGCAACACCCGCAGACUACAGCACGUGCCGUUCGUACCAUCUCAUAUUAAGUAUGUAUACUUGCAAAAUAACCUGAUCACAGGAAUCACAAAUGGCAUCUUUGAUAAUGCUCCAAAUUUAGCUUGGAUCUGCAUGCAGACAAAUAAACUGAGCUCUGACAAGAUUGCCGACAAAGUCUUCGCUAAACUACCAAACCUUGAGCGCCUCUUUUUACACAACAACAACCUGAGCCGUGUUCCACAGGGUUUACCACGUUCCCUACGAGAUCUACACUUGAACCACAACAAUAUUUCGGUAGUCCCGGUCGACUCUUUCCGUGGAAUGAGCAACCUGACGGCCCUGCAUCUUCAAAUGAAUGCCAUUGAAGACCUCGGUAACGCACUUGAGGGUCUGCUGUCCUUGACCCUGUUGGACUUAAGAGGGAACCAACUGAGGAAGAUUCCAGAAAGUCUGCCGCCAAAGCUGAGCCAACUCUACCUUGAGUACAACCAUAUAUCCAGCAUUCCUGCUGACUUCCUGACCCAACGGCCUGAGCUGCGCUUCGUAAGGCUGUCCCACAACCAGCUCACCAAUGGUGGAAUUCCACCCAACGCUUUCAAUGUCAGCACACUUGUGGAACUCGAUCUGUCCUUCAACAAGCUGGAGAGGAUUCCCACUAUCAGCACCAGUCUGGAGAAUCUGUAUCUCCAGGCCAACAAGAUCAAAGAAUUUUCAGUGAGCAGUUUUUGCAGAGUUGUGGACACAAACAAUUACUCUAAUCUGCGUGUACUGCGCCUGGAGGCCAAUGCAAUCAGAGCCCAAGACAUACCCACUGAAGCUGUACUCUGUCUGCGUCUGGCAACCAACAUCGACCUGUAGGCCUGGCAACAAGCCAUCCACAGUAACCUAUUCUCAUAUGACCAUAGACAACAUCUUGCAAAUAAGAGUUUUGUUAUCAUUUGUAUGAUCUAUUUGAUAGUCUUGUGAUUUUGGGGCAUUUUAAUAAAGAAAUCAGCCUACCAAUAUCAACAGAACAAGUUAGGAUAACGAUUAUAACAUUAUGAAACCAUUUGAUUUAUUUAGGCAUGAACAAGCCUUUAUAAUGUGGAUUUCUAUUUGCAUCCAUUUUACUUCUGAAUCAGGACAGGAAUGUUAAAUGUAGGUUUGAUGGGCA